AAUUAUUCAUUCUUGCAGCUGGUGUACAACAAGACCUCGUCGCAGCCUGAGUGGCACGUGGAGGGUCUCGUCCCCACACAGCGGUACCGCAUCCUGGCGCUGUCUGAGAACGACAAGGGCAGGAGCGCCACCGUGACCAUCCCGAUGAGCCCCCUUUCCGGUCCCGAGACGCACGUCGAAAAGGUUCAAGACUUCACGCUGGCUGAGAUGCAGCCGGGCCCGACAGCACGCUCCCCUCUCCUGGCCAUCGCUCUCGGGGGGCUCGGCUCUGUUGCUCUCCUGCUGGCGGCCGCCGCCGUCGUGACCUUGACCCGGCGCAGAGGUCGCCGCCAGAGGUCUCUGCUGGCGCCGCGCGCUGCUUCCGCCACCCCACCGGACUCCGGCCGCAGCCCCGACCUCGUGCCUGAUGCUACCGGUCCGGAUCAGGAGGUGUACCGCAUUCCUCCGGACAUUCCAGCCCUACCGGCGGGCGCUCGGAGCGCGGCGGUGGCCGGCCAGCGCGUCAGGACGCCCCCAGACACCGACCACCUGCCGCUGAGGGUGUUUGUGCCGCACCAUCACCAACUGUUCCAUCACCAUCACCACCAUCACCAUCACCAGCCGAUCAGACCCGCCGCCGGCCAUACGGCUGGGCCAUUCUGCUCUGCGACGCUGCCGCCUCCUCAUCGAAGACUUCCUCCUCCCGGUUGGGCUCAGAGCGCGUGCGCAACACUGGACCGUCGCCGUGCAUAUGGGCCGCCGUCACAGCGCCUAGAGACCGGCCGACCGCCCGACUCCACCCACUCACACCUGAUUGGUGCUCCGCACUACCAGCAGAGCGUGCUGAUUGGCUACGGCCCCGAGCAGAGUGCGCUGAUUGGCUACGGCCCCAACGAGAGCGCCCUCUGACCGGUCAAGGCCAUUGGCCGAGCGGCUGUGGAGUGCUGCCAUUGAUCGGGAAAUAUCGAUCGCUGUGUGAUCAGUGAUUGUUGUCAGAAAUCAUGCCUUCAUGUGUCCUCGUUGCUCAUGAACAUUGAAUAACAAACGACACUGAAUAUACUCAAGGAACAGAU